CGUUACUCCUUCCUUGUACCUAUUAUAGAACACAUGCCGUCCUCCCUGCAGCCUUGUAUGUAAGUACCGUUGUAGGGCCACGCUUUGACUCGAGUUUCCACUCGACCGUAGCAAACGGGAGUUCAAGUUUUGACUUGCAAGCAAGCUAUUAUAAUCAUUCUCCCGAUUCUCCGUGACAUGGUCGCUGGAACUAUCAGGCGUUCCCAACACCGUCCCUGUCCAUAUGGCUAGCCAUGCCCGGCCUAUUUAAAUAAACGAUGACUACUAUCCUUCUUUUCCCCGUGGCCACGUUGUAACCCAUUUUACCUUUAGGACACUAAGGACUCAAGCUCUCUCUGAAGAGACACGACGAUGUUCACCAGACUGCUUGCUUUCCUCAGUAUCGUGGGAUACGCGCUAUCUCAAAACGUCGGCGACCCUUGCACAAAACUCGCUGGCAAGAAAUGGGUGGACCCGCGCGACUUGAGAGCUUGUUUCCAGUCAUUCAAUGUUGACCAGGCAAUAAAGGAGAACAUCAUCGAGGUGGUAUCAAAAACUCUGGCAUUUCAUACGUCUGUCAACUAUGAAAUUCAGGCCCCUCCUCCCUUUGAUAAAGACGUACACGAAGACCUUGUCGCCGACCUGGCUCGUAUCAAGCAUGAAUCGUACCCAUCCGAUUACGAUCUCCAUAUCGAUCUUUCUCGCACUCUGAAGCGAUUAAACGACGGUCACUGCGUUUGGAUCAACUCUUGCUACGUAUCAUCCUACCUCAACUUUCUACCAAUACCCUUGGUUCUCUUAACUGACGAAAGUGGAAAGCAAACCGUUAAUAUCGCGCCCGAAGCCUUUUCAGUUGCUUCAACUGAAUUCUCAGACCAGAUUCAAGUCUGGCAAGAUGCACUACCCGGUGUGUUGAAGGGAAAGCUCCAGUCGCUUAACGGAGCUGAGGUACUCGCUAUCAAUGGGCAAGAACCGUUCAUUGCAGUUAACGCAAAUGCUGCGAUCACUGGCAGCUUCCAAGGGUUUGGGACGCGUCAGAACUCGUUCUUCUCCAGUUAUCAGCGUUCCACUAAUACCUUCAACUAUCUACCGGGUAACUUCGCUCAGCAGUCCCUUCCUCUCAGUGACUCCGUUGUGUUAGACAUCGUCCGCGUGAACAACACCAAACCAGAGCAGAUCACCUUACCAUACCGCGCACGCAUAAAUACUGCUCUAAACUUCACGAAUGGUGCAUCUUACAGGUCUAUCAACUGUUCUCCUACCAACACAACCAAUGGGGUGGAUGUUUACGCUACGCGUCAAACCGUUACACCGCCUUCAUCGGACGCCAUUAAAUUCCAGCAAGCACCACCAAUGCCUCAGAGUAAAAAACAGUUGGUUAAUGUCAUGUUGGAUGCGACACCCUUGAGCAAUGUCGUGCUCCCUCCAGAACUUCAACCCCCUUCUCGACCCCUCGAUGGAAGCUUCGGUGUGGGAUCUUUCUAUGAUUUAGAUGAUGGAAAAACUGGUGUUUUGGCAUUGGGAAGUUUCUCGGGCGCCGAUUUCAACGUCAUGCAGGAGGGAAUGCUCAAAGGCUUGACAGAGAUGAAGGCCCGGGGAAAGACACAACUUAUCGUUGAUGUUACGAACAAUGGCGGAGGAUUCAUUUGUGUAGCCCACUGGCUUCAUCGCAUAAUCGCAGGUCCGAAGGAUACUACCGUUCCCCAGGCUGGUCUCGAUACCAAAGCUCGAAACCCCCCUCUCGCUCGCGCCAUAGUCAACGAAAUCGUUGUCAAUAAUCGUGACCCACAGUUACAGCUGCUGUACAACCCACUACAAUGGAAUAAUGCAAGCAAUCAGCCGUUCGGUGCUAAAGAGAACUGGCUCAUCCCACCGGUUAAUGUCACUAUCAAUGGCCGCCCAGAUCAGUUCUCACAAAGACUUGGCCAAGAAUGUCAACCUUUUUCCAGCCCCCCUCCUGAUGUUGCCUUAUUUGAUAUCAGCAAAGUUGCCAUCGUUUCGAAUGGGCGAUGUGCAAGCUCCUGUUCCCUCUUCAGUGUCACGAUGAAGAAACUCGAAGGUGCAAAAACUGUGGUUGUCGGCGGAAAGAAGGACGUUCAGCAGGAGUACUGUGGGACCGUUGGAGGACAGUCGACUGACUUCGCUACGAUUGAUACUGAGAUCAAGACUGUUCACCUUAAAAACGAUUCAGCUGCUCCACCUGACUUGAAAGUUCGGGGUGUCCAGGGUAUCACCUGGCGGCUCGGUUUCGCUCUUGAUAACAGCGGAGAACCCGAGGAAUGGAAGGAGCACUUCGCUGAUUUGAACCUCCCUCUCACCCCCGCACUGGUUAACAAUCCAAACGCGAUCUGGAAGGAGGUCGCCAGCCGCCUCUUUACUUGAGGUCGGCCGUCAAUCUUUAUUCUUUAUUAUCUGGAUCUAGAAUGGACUAUAAGGGUGAAAAGGAGACUUGUUGUAGCGUUUCUACUUGUCAUUCUUGUCAUUAUCAAUGUAUAUCCACACACACAUUUUACAUAAAAUACCUCAGU